AUGCAUCUAUACAAUGUCUUCACAUUCCCUGUCGUCCGCGACGGUCUCAUCGCCAAUACAAUCCUUGUGGCUGUUGCUACGAUUUUGGUGAUCUUACGAUUUGUGUCGCGUCAUAUUCGAAAAAGCAAAAUAUGGUGGGAUGAUGCAUUCUGUGUCGCUGCCAUGCUGCACACAUAUGGAAUGCUAGCAAUGCAUUACCUCUAUGCUCGCCUUGGUAUGCGCCAUAAUUUCAAGCAGAUUCCACCGGAAAAUACUGUGAUCAUGUUGAAAUUGCUCAUCGUUUACCAACUGGUGUAUUACAAUGCCAUGGUCUUGGCGAAAUUCUCCUACCUCUUUCUCUAUCUGCGCAUCUUUGUGACACCGGAAUUUCGCAUUUUGACGUGGGUUUGCAUGGGCUGCGCUGCUGCAUACUGGACUGGAAGUGUGCUCCAGGUAUUUCUCCUCUGUACACCCUUUCAGAGAAACUGGAAUCCGACUCUACCAGGUCAUUGCGGGAAUCAGAAUGUCGCUUUUACAACAAUCGGAGUAUUCAAUCUUCUCACGGAUGUGAUGAUUAUGAUCUUGCCCAUCCGCUUCAUCUGGAAGUUGCAGAUGUCCAUCGCAACUAAGAUGGCAUUAUACAGUAUCUUCGGACUAGGCAUCUUUAUUUCUUCCAUUACAAUCAUUCGCAUUAAAGUCCUCACCGCAGUCGACUUCCUCGAUCUUCCAUAUUCCAUGAUCUGGGCUGCCUUCUGGAGCGUCACUGAACCUGCACUUGCCACUGCUAAUGGAUGCGCACCAAUGCUCCGACCUAUUCUCAAGGCCGCAUUUCCGUCUCUGUUUAAUACUGCCAAGGCUGAGUACGCCACGCAACCGGCAAGUGGUCCUAUUCUGAGCAAGAGUAAUACGUCGAAACGAAUCGAUGAGAUGGAUAGUGAGUUUCCACUCACUCGAUUGGAGGAAUCGAGAUCUAGGGACGAUGAUUCAUUGAAUUAUCAUUCGCAGGAUGAUCGCUCGCAUGCACUAACACCAAUCUCACGUGGGCAAAGAUUGACAACUUGGAUAUCGACUGGACUUCAUCUUCAAAAGGCUUGCCCCUAUUCCGCCAUGGACAAAACAAAAUAUUCAAAGAUCCCAGAGGUCCUCACUCUAUAUGCAAUCCACUGUCUACUACCGGCAAGCCUAUUCCUAACCACACCAAAGCGAUCAACCCUCCGCUAUCUCUCAAUUCCAUGCUCAAUAUGGAUUGCCUACAGAGCCAUAACCCUAGCCGCAAAACUAGGUCCUGGCUUUAUAUGGUGUGAAUUCGCCCGUCUGACCUUGACUAUCGUCCUCCAAUCUUUCAAUUGGUUACUUCUCAACCCGAAAGAUGUCUCUGAUCUACCCGUCGAAGCUGGCAACGGCUUUUCGCGUAUUUAUUAUGUUGUUCGGCUCUUUUAUCAGCCGAGGGGCAUUAACACACCCUGGCAGAUUAGAAAUGCGCCACAGCAGCCGGCUUAUUAUCACCGUAGGGGUCUGAAGGAGCCCUCGCGAGGUCGCUUCUUGCUUCGACAGCUCGUUAUUGCUCUUUGGCAAUAUCUGGCGCUGGAUCUCUUUGCUACGCUUGCUUUAGAGCAAGCGCUGGAGCAGGAGAAACAUGGGGCUCUGCCGUUGGUUGUUCAGUGGGAUUUGUCUGUUGAGCAAUGGAUUGAACGGGUUAUUUCGAACCUUGUGGCUGGGUUUGUCGUCAGUCGUAUUCUGAUUGACUUUCACCAUCGGGCUUUCUCUAUCAUUGUUGUUGGGCUCUGGUUUGACUCGCCAUCUAACUGCCCUCCGUUGUUUGGGAAGGCUGGGGAUGCUAGUACAAUGCGAGGGUUUUGGGCGAAAUUCUGGCAUCAGUUGCUCCAACAACCUCUUACCUCUAUGGGUACUUUUGUCACCCGCGAUUUACUAUGUCUACCAUCCAGGUCUCCAUUAGAACGCUAUACGAACGUAUUCGUUGUGUUCUUCCUCUCAGGAGGACUGCAUGUCGUCCUUGAUUUCGUGCAAGGAAUUCCCAUGCGAGAAUCUGGAGCCGUUUUAUUCUUUGCCAUGGCUCCACUAGGACUGUUGAUUGAAGAUGGAAUCAAGGCACUCUGGAAAUCUCAGACCCUAUCAGGGAAAAGUACACCUCGGCCGAUGUGGCAGAAGACUCUUGAUCUUCUCUGGGCUAUGGCUUGGUUGGGUGUUACAUCGACUUGGUAUUUCUAUCCGCAGAUGCUGAGACCGCAAAACCAGGCGCUGGUUCCCUUUACUUUGGCACAUCAGGUGCCGCUUCCUGUGUUGGCAGGGGUUGUGCUAUUUGGUGGUGUUAUGAUAGCAUUUGUUUUUGAGGCAGAGGUAUAA